AUUGUUUUCAGCUCUCUCUCUCUCUCCCGAGCUCUUUCUUCGGUUUCACUUAUUCUCGCUCAGCUCCCAACAACGCGAGAAAUGCGAGCAACCCUCGUGCUUUUUGCUUUGCUCUGCGCAGUUUAUUCUGAAGCAGUUCCGCUUCAGGUCUAUCGUCCUGACGAAUCAUCGGCUGUCGAUGUGGUUGUCCUUGAGAACUCUCCCGAACUGUACGACUCUGAAGAUGAAGAUGAAUGGAAACAAGAGGAAGAGUUCACUGAAGGAGCAAUGGGCAAACGAAGCAUUGCUCUCGGACGAAGCGGAUUCCGCCCUGGAAAACGGAGCAUGGACAACUUUCACACUGUGGAUGUUAGUGAUCUCAUCAUGAAACGAUCAAUGGCAAUGGGAAGAUUGGGACUGCGUCCGGGCAAGCGUUCAAUGGCCUACGGCAGACAAGGAUUCCGGCCGGGAAAGAGAUCCAUGGCAUAUGGACGGCAAGGAUUCCGGCCAGGAAAGCGCUCAAUGGCCUACGGUCGUCAAGGAUUCCGGCCAGGAAAGAGAAGCAAUGACAUGAAGGAGGUCUUCCCACAACACGUUCCAGAAAUCUAUAUAAUCUAGAGAACCUGCUCCGACUAAUUUGAAUCGAUCUCUUUGUAAUAUUCACCGUCAUCAUCACUGAUACUUUAUGUACAAACACAGCCAGAUUACCGGAAUGAAAUCGUGUUCUGUU